CGCCCCUGCGUAGGAGGGCCUCAAGGAUGGUAUAACAGAAUAGCCACUUCCUAUUUGGGGGACUUCCUGCAUCCGACUUUGAGGGCCGAGGACCACCACCAUCUUCCAGACAAUAUUUCACUCAAAGAUCGAUGUCGAGAAUUCAUCCAAAGUCUCUCUCAGGAUGCAGAGUCAUCGGAAAGUGCUGGAAAGUUGUCGGGAUCGCCGUAGUUUGCGGAUUUGUCUUGUUUGUGUACUUGUGGGGAGGCAAAAGAAAUGAUGAAACCUGGGGUAAUUGCCAAGGAAAUCCAGGAGACGAGGCAACAAUGCACUUGGCGUUGGUGGCGUGUGGAAAUCGUCUGGAGGAGGUUAUAACUGUCAUCAAAUCGGCUGUCCUGUUUAGCAUCGGGAAGAUCAAGUUUCACAUUUUGGCUGAAGACCACUUGACCCCCCAGUUAAAGAAAAUGAUGAGCGAGUGGCCUUGCUUUAUCAGAGCUAAGUUCCAGUUUGACUUCUACCCCAUCACCUUUCCGGAGCAGAACAACCAAUUAUGGAGAAAGCUUUUCAGGCUCUGCUCAGCUCAGAGACUCUUCAUCCCUAGCAUCCUCUACGACGUAGACUCAUUGCUGUACGUGGACACCGACGUGGUGUUUCUCCGGCCUGUGGAUGACAUCUGGGGUCUGCUGAAGUCCUUCAACAGCACCCAGCUGGCAGCAAUCGGCGUGGAACCCAACAUCCCCUUUGGCUGGUACAGUUCCUCUGCACGUCACCCUUUCUACGGCGUCUCAGGACUCAACACCGGUGUCAUGCUGAUGAAUCUGACACGGCUCCGCCGCACCAUGUUGAAGAACGAUCUGAAUGCCUACGGCAUGUUCUGGGAGGACCUUGCCCACCCACUAUAUCAGAAGUACAAAAACGACAUCCAAUGGGGAGAGCAGGACAUCAUCAACAUUAUCUUCCACUAUAACCCAGAGCACGUAUAUGCCCUUCCUUGCCAGUGGAAUUACAUGUCAGAUCACUGUACAUAUGGCAGCCACUGUCAAGGAGCCCAAGAGGAGGGUGUGUCCAUCCUCCAUGGCAACCGUGGAGUGUUUCAUGGUAACCGGCUGCCAGUCUUCCAAAUAGUUUAUGAAGCCAUACGUGAUUUCCCGUUUGAGGACAAGACGUUGCAGUCACUGUUCUAUCCGAUGCAGACCGAAUUGUUAAAGACCGUCAACGAGCCGUGUGGUCAGAUUUAUCAAGUUUUCCUCAAGCAGAUAGAAAAAAGAACAACACAAUCUGACAUAUGAUGGAACGGACUUCCUGUUUAAUGUGACGAGGACCAAGGACUGCUGUAGUGGACCGGUAUACGGGUCGGCCCACACACCUUGGAAUGAACUGGUGGCACUGGUGAAAGGAAUGGGCUCUCCUCCUUUCCAUAGUCACUUUUGCACUCAUGUUAUCAAAAUAUAUGUGUGUUUGUUGUUUGUGUUUGUUGCAAGGGGAGAUGAGUGAGUGGGACAGGAAGUGACAUCAUGGUUGAGAGUUACUGUA